AUGGACAACUCACGAUCGAACACGACUUCCCCCCCUUUCCCCGAACACCUGCCUCCCCGCCCUUUGACUAUCAAUCAACACAUCAAGCGUCUUAUAUGCCCUGUUCAAGCAGCUCCUACACCACAGAGCUUUGAGAUGGGGAACAUGGGUAGACAUGAGGACGACCGAGGUAGAGACGCCAGUGAUGCUCCAACGGCAGAUACUGCCAAUGGUGGCCAGUCAUCGCAAGCUAACGUGGUGGUGAGCUGGAAGGAGAUGAGAGAGCAUCACGGAUUCUCGAUCUGCGUUGUGGCGUGUUUACUUGGUGCUGGAGUGUGGGUGGGUGUUAUGGCUGUGGUGCUUUUGCGCACUCGUCAGCCGACGAAACCGCCGUUUUAGAGGGGUUGUGGGGUGCAGAUCUGUCGGCGUUGAAUGCGCGGUAGAUUGUGGAUUGUGUGAGCGUGUGAAGCAGAGGAGAUGUCACGAUAAUAUGUCAA